AUGGGCUCUUUGCCUGGAGUCGUCUGCGAGUUCUGCAACAGAUGGUUCCCCAACGCCCAAGUUUAUGGCGGUCAUAAGUCACGGCGGACCCCUUGUCAAGGCCUUUCCGCCGUGGCAAGGCCCUCGCGAUCUGCACCGUCCGACGGUCUACACGCACUGCUAUUCGUCCACGACAUUCUGUCGGACGCUCCCGCUGCUCCCGCUUCCCCUACCGCGUCUAACGCGUCCAACACCGAUCCCGUGAAUGGUCCUCCUCGCGUGCCUGAAGCUGACGAGGACGCAACACCCUCCGCUGUGAACGUGGGGGCUCCUGAAUCUGAGCAUCAACCGCCACCAGGAACACCUGCAGAUGACACGAGUGAGCAUCAGGGGUGCCGCCCUGGAGUGAGUCACGCGGCACCGCCGACAAUCAUCUCCGGGGAGAGCAAUGCGACGCCCCUCAACCCGCUUGCGUUGAAGCUGCUGCAUUUCGUGAGGCGCGUAAAUGGCGGAAUGGGCAUGGCGGAGAUCGACAUCAAUGGCCUGCUUCAGCUCGUGGUGGAGCCCGGCCUUGCGCCUCUUGUGAUCUCAGAGAUCCGGAACUGCAAGGAUCUGGAGCGGUUCGAGAUGGAGCGCUUGGUAGGGCUCAAUCGCGGAUGGUCAGUGGCGACCUUCGAGAUUGAGGGUCAUCCGCCACAGCGCCUCCUCUUCCAGAACUCUGCGCAGGCGUUUGCUGAACUGUUUGGGCACACCAACAACGCGCUCGGCUUCAAGCUCAAGGCCUGUGUCGAUGAGGACCCUGACACAGGCGAGCGUCGCUAUACCACGCCAGAAACAGGAACGUGGUGGAACGAUGCUCAGGAACACUUCGGAUGGUCCGAAGUCGUGGGGGGUAUCAUCCUGUAUUCGGAUGUGACGCACAUGAGCAACAACGGCCGGAAGAAGGCGUGGCCGCUCAUGAUGACGCUUGCCAACAUCUCCCAGGCCAAUCGGUGGGGGAAAGCCGGGCACACGCUACUUGCUCUCCUUCCUAUCCCCCCUUCUGCAAUGUCUGCUGUCGAGAAGGUGAUGCUCUUCCAGCGAUGCGUCAUCACCGUGCUGCAGCCGCUUCUUGAUGGCAUGGAAAGGUAUGUACUCAAAAUCCGUCUCAAAGACCCGUUCGGUGAUUGGCAAACAGUGCGGCCACUGCUGUACGCCUGGGUGUGCGACUACCCCGAGAGCGGCAAGAUCAGUUGCACACUCUCGCAUGGAUCGCGGAUGCCGUGCAGCAUCUGCUAUGCUGCAAAGGAGCAUUUGGUUGCUGUCAAGGCACGGAACACGCCGCGCACGCCUGAACAGCAGCAAUGGAUCAUGGAUGAGGCAGCUGUGUUGACAUCAAGUCAGACCGACCCAUGCAAGACCUACUCGACCUACCCGGUUGAGUGUGUGCUCUGGAAGUGGGAUGUCCCAGGGACCGUGUGGGGCAAUCCCUACCUCGUUAUCAUGCCUGACAUCAUGCACCAGGCGGACCUGGGCAUGAUGAGCCACAUUGUGGCUGUCGUGCGCAAGAUGAAGAAGCGGCGCGUGAAGCAGAUGGACAGGCGCCUGUCGCUCAUCCGCGACCGCACGCGCCUGAACCACCUGCGCCUGCCAGAGAGCGCGUACUUCGAGAGUGGAGCAUGUGUCGCGGCCUAUGAGCACAGGGCCGUCAUGCAGCCCCAGAUGGAUGCUGUUCGUGCCUACCUUGGCUGGUACCUCUUGUGUUGCCAGCCAACGGGGCACACCGAGCGGUCCCUGCGGGAUCUCAAGAAGAAGACCUCCCGGCUGGUUGAGCAGUUGCAGGCUGCUUUUCCAAAGCAGCCAUCCUCUUGGUGCCUUGUGAAAACCCAUCUCAUGUCGCACUACAUCGACUCCAUUCGCCGCGCUGGACACGUCACGGAAUUCAGCACCAACAUGUUCGAGCACUUGCAUGGCCCGUUGGUAAAGAGGAUCUACCGGCGGUCCAACAAGCGCAAUGUAGAUGGGCAGAUUAUGAAGUUCCAUGCUAGGCGCAUUCCGGACGUUGUGCCGGUGGACGAUCCCCUUGGCCGGGACACUGCCAUGCGGCAGGCCAUUGAGACAGGCACAAGGACUCUUAUCAAAGAGUCCUACUUUCUCCCUGUGGAGUUACCAGAGGAACCCACCUCCACCAACUUGUUUGCAAGGAAGUGGGCCAUGCAACACCCUGUUGCACAAGCUGCCCUCAAGGAUGCGCUAGUAUGUUAUGCUGGAUGCGUCCCCAAGAUCAGAGCCCUCGCAUCGUUGGCCAUCCCAGCGGCAGAUGAUGCCAGCUUCUCAAGGGUUUCUCACUUCGUUCGGGCGACACCUGACUAUUUUGAGCGGCCGUGGUACUCGGAUGUUGCAGUAGAGGGUGUAAGGUACGGUCGGAGAGAGGAGUGGUACGCAAGGUUGCUGCUGCUGUUCCACACCAAAAUCCGUGGAGAGAGGGAGGAGCUGGCUUACAUUAGAUAUUGGAAUGCGUGCGGGGAGGAUGCUGCAACUGGAUGCACUCGCCUCAAGUGGACGACGGGGGUGUAUGCGUACUCCGUGAUUCCGCUUGAAGCGCUGCUUCGCCACGUCCAUGUGGUGAAGGCGUUCCAUCUGGACAGUACCUAUCUCCUAAAUAAGUAUCAUAUGUAA